CAAAAGUGUCGCUGGUCAUCUGCCUCUGGCAUCUCGGUCUCAUUCUCGAGCGGCACCAGGCUCCCCGCCGCUGACCGGGCGCUGUCCCCGACGCUGGCCCGCUCGGUCGCGAGGGAGAUCUGGGCGGACUUGGGCGGGGUCGACGGCGCGGCGAAGAAGGAGAGACCUGCUGCAUUUUCUCUCUCUAUUUUUCAACGGAGCGCGCGCUUUUCUUUCCGCUUCUGCCUCUCUCUUCCUCAAGCACUCCUCUCCUCUCUGUCCCAAGCCCUCUCACUCACCCCAAGCGCCCCCCUCCUCGCCUCUCUCGAGCCCUCUCACUCACCCUAAGCACUUCCCUCCUUGCCUCUGUCCUCGUCGCCGUCAUCGACUUUCCAGCCGCGGCUCCAGAAAUCGCCGGCUGUCGACUGGCCUCUCGAGCUUCUUUGUCUUCUACUCCUUAUUCGGUCCCGAUUUCGGGCUCGAGUACGUAGCCGAGGAUUUUGAAGCAAAAGAGGUUUGCGAGGCUAGAUAUACUGGUGGCGGUGCUAAGUUUUGGGGUUUCGGCAACGCCGUGAUGGCCGCGAGGGAUAUUGUGGUGGAGGAGAGAGGCGUAUGGGUUGAGCCAGAGUCGGAUAGCUUAUCAGGAGGCUGAGGGGAGAGUUCUUCAUCGGCCCUUUUGAAUCCUGAAGCAAGUCGCAUCCUGCCGUUCCCACCGGAGUAUUUGUCAUCGCACCUUUGACAGCUCCCAGUAGAACAUCUGAAAUGUCUGCAGUUGGUCGACUUCCUGCAGCCCUUCAAGGGAUCAAUAUCAGAGAAAUGCUUGCUGGCGCAUCCUUCAUGGAUGGGACAACUAGGACGAAAGUGGUGAAGAACAACCCUGCUGCAUUGCUUGCUUUAUGUUGGUAUUGGGCUUCUGAUGGUGUAGGAUCUAAGGACAUGGUAAUUCUUCCUUACAAAGACAGCCUUCUGUUAUUCAGUUGGUAUCUGCAACAAUUUGAUUUGGAUGGCAAUCGGGUCAAUCAAGGGCUUACUGUUUAUGGGAAUACAGGAAGCACAGAUCAGCAUGCCUACAAACAACAGCUGAGAGAGGGUGUGCACAACUUCUUCGUAACAUUCAUUGAAGUGCUUUGUGAGAGACCACCUGGUCAUGAUUGGGAGCUUGAACCUAGUGUUUCCUGUGGUGACUAUCUGUUUGGAAUGCUUCAAUUUAAGAUCCCAGACUUCUCUUGGAAAGGAGACAUGAGUUCAGUGGAUGAUUUACUUAUAGUCACUGAGGCCAGGUAUCUUACUAGAACAAGCUUGUCUAAGAUGGAAACUAUCAGCUCUUAAGGAACGGGGAACACUUAAGAGAAACUGUUGAGUGGGGUGGUAGAAACAUGGAUAAGAAGAAAAGCAAGCUCGUAGGCAUUGCAGAUGAUGGACAGAAAGAGAUCCGCAUUGAAAGGACAGAUGAAUUUGGCCAAAUAUUAACCCCAAAGGAAGCUUUCCGAUUGCUUUCCCAUAAAUUUCAUGGAAAAUGGCCUGGCAAAAUGAAGCAAGAGAAGAGCAUGAAGCAAUACCAGGAAGAAUUGAAGUUGAAGCAGAUGAAGAAUUCAGACACGCCUUCUUUGUCUGCAGAGAGGAUGAGGGAAGCUCAAGCUCAAAUGAAGACACCUUAUCUUGUGCUUGGUGGUCAUGUUAAGCCUGGGGGUGUUUCCAGUCAAAACAGUGAUCCAAGAAGUGGCUUUGCCACCAUUGAGAAGGAUCCGGGGAGCUUGACGCCCAUGCUUGGAGAUAGGAAGGUUGAGCAUUUCUUGGGGAUAAAGCGGAAGCCUGAGCCUACUAACUUGGGAGCACCAAAGAAGCCGAAAACUUGAAGUGUUAUUGAUGGGUCUUCUAUUAUUUGUUGAGUUCGAGCAACUUACUAUUGGGGCUAGAAGUAACUUCAGGCUCUAGGCGUCAAUUGCAGCUCCCAUUACAUUAUCCUAUAUACCUUUUAGCUUUAUCAACUAUGAAGAUCAAAAUAUAGAUGCUCUUGUUGCUUUUGAUGAUGUACUUAGACCUGUAGUGCCAACAAGACAGGCGGCAAUUUUUGAGAAUUCUUUGUUGCCCGAUAAUUGAAUGGCACCUUUAUUAGUGAUCUUCUUCAUUGUUACUGUUCCUAGAGAUGGUUGUACAGAUUAUGUGAUUUGCAGGUGGCUAUUUCACAGAUGCUACUCUUGCUGUUAGACAAACGACUGAGCAAGUGAAAUGCUCUGCAUGUGUUUAUGGAAAGAUAAUGGCCAUCGGUGUAAA